AUGGUCAUAUUUCUAACAGUGAAUGUAGAUGCUAUUUCUCAUGGAAUGAGCAACUUUGCAGUGCCACUGAAUGUUUCCUCAUCUCUCCUCACAGAAGUGACAAAUCUAUUUUGUGGCUAUUAUGACUCUUACAUGUUGCAAUGCAAGAUUAACAAUGGCUUUUGCUUUGAGCAUUAUGUGCUCUAUUUAAGUGAGUAUAAGUAUUUUCUGUCUAAUUAAAAUUGGGUGUUUGGGUCCACCAUUUGGUCCUUGGUGUAUCUACGGAUGCAUGUAUCAUGCAUUCAGCUGAGUCAUUGAGUGCUGGACAACCAAAGAACUAGAGAUGAUAAAAGGUGAGUGUAUAUGUGGACUAGGCCUGUGAUUUUCCCCCAAAGACACUGUUCAGUCUGUUGACAUAUAAUGGGCUUGCCCCUGCAUGCCUUUCCACAGAGCUCAGGAGAGGGGGUUGCAGGUGGUACAUCAUACGCCUGUGGUCAAAAAAGGACCAUAGAGCCAAAGGAGAGGAGUCAGAUAUUUAUUAUCAUAUAUUGUGUGAAGACUAGCAUUUCCAUUUUGUGUAAGCUUACACAGGAAUUCCCCGCACUCACGCUCUCUCUUCAGAUCAGACCAAAAUAUCUGGAGCUGAAGCUCUGGGGUGCCUGGAGAUAGGAGGAUGUGCGGGAAAGCAGCAGGAACUUCUGCAAUACCAUGUGCAUCACCUGCUAGGAAGGGAGGCUGAGCAGCCUAAACAAAGCCCCACUGCACCUCCACUGUCUUUGGGGCUUCAUCCACCCUCAUUGAAAUCUACUUCGGGUUCCUGGGAGGGUCUCUUCCCAAGCCACGAGGACUCUCCUGCUUUCUCCCAUCAUUUCCUGGUAUUCUAUUUGUUCAUGUACUUAUUUUCUGGCACUGUGAGCAUAUGCAGUCGUGCUUGUCGGUCGUGCAAAGUGGGGGAAUGCUUGUAUAAAAUGCCACAACAAUUCUUCCCCUGCCCCCUUCUCACUUGGCCAACGUGCCCCCGCCUACUACCAGCCUACUACCACUGCUGCUGCAACUUCUAUUAGUAUAUAAUAUUUUUUGUCUUAUUUUCCUCUCUCCCUUUCUGAAGAUAUAUAAAAAAUCCAUUAAUUUAUAAAUCAACCUUCCAAAUUGUAUCACAGAUCAGGAACAAGAAAAGACAAGAAGGGGAAAAUGAAAAAAAAGGGGUCAACAAACUCUCUUUCAAUUUGGAUUAAGUGAAGCUUCAUUUUGUUUUAUUUUUUACUUACCUGUAGGAUUGCAGCAAGAUAAUCCUGUGGAAAACCUCAUCUCCAAACAAGGAGCUGUUGAUCUGGAUAAUCAUGUACAGUAUUUGGAUGAAGGGGCAGAUGCAGAACAUGAGAAUGGAAAACAGAAAGAAACAGACAUAUGGGGAAGCGAAUUUGGAAGGAGAGAGGAGUAA